CGUCUUACACAGUCUUGUCAGAUGUCAAUCACUGUGGUACGACUUUCAAGCGUCCAACGACGCCACAUAACUCAACAUGGCAUGUGCCAUGAAAGCUGGUGCUGAACAUGUAGUCUCCGCGAUUCCCGCGAGAGACUUACGCGUCGCCUGGACCUGAGGAAACUAAGUUGAGGCUGUUGAACGCCUGCCCCAGAGUUGUUUAUUCUUUUCCGCUUAGGCCACGUCGCUCCCUAACAGGUUCAUUGUACCAGCCAGCGUAGGGUUCAGCACUCAAAAAAAAAAAAAAAAAAAGAAAAAAGAAAAACCAAACCAAACCACAUUUUACCACAGUUUGAAUCUUUCUCAUUUGUCACUGCUCAUUCAUCCUUAGGUCCUUUGUUGCAAUGGGCGAGCUCAACCCCUCGAUUUCUCGCAAGCUGUCGUUAGUGGACCUACCCAGUGCGGUGGGGCAAAAGGGAGAUCAAGACUCUCCAACUCCCACUAGAGUGAAGCUCCUCAGAUCCAAGAGUGCCACACUCAUUCCGGGUUCCCAUGCAAGACCUCUCAAUCACCAUUCAACUCAAACACCAUCUCUACCAUUUUCGCUAAUUGGGCUGUUUCCUGAGUCUCAGGUCCUUUCCAACUCUCCAGAAGUAGAUGUGUUUUUGAAGCUUUGCGAGUCGAUCAUCGAGUUUCUAGCAGGUUUAUCAUGCCAGACUUUGAACCCACUCCAAAUCAUUCCAGAUCAAAGCGAUGAAGCCCCGCUGCGCCAACCCUCCAGAACAACCACGAGCGCUGAAGUGAAGGACACCCAGAGCUCUCCUGAAACAGGCGGCGAUACGCCAGAGAGUCCACAGUUUUUUAGCCAUGACUAUACCCAGGCGGUGGAUAUGGAAGGGGACCAGGCCGAGCGGUCUGCCUGCCAGGCUUUGAAUCUCGAGGGUUAUUGGCACUCUCGUCGUACUAGGAUAACGAAGAUCAUGUUAACUCUAACGACAUGGCAAGAUGACUUUGACCAAGACGAACUUCGCCAAGUUUUCAGCGGCAUGUCUUUGCUUCCUGAGUUCAAUGUCGAAGCUGCGAAGCAAAAUUUGAUAGGUAUUGGCGAGAAUCUAGUCCAAAUGGUUAAUAUCACAAGUGCAAACUCGAGAAUUGGCCGGCGUCUUCGUGAAGCCGGCCUGACUUUGAAGGAGUCUGUCGAAAUGGCAAAACGAUCAACUAGUGACCCUAAGAACUGGAAUGCCGCCUCGGCUAUAAGCGAGUCGUCCAUGACAUCCAAUUUAGAUCCCGGAGGCGAUCAGGACCCGGUGGAUAUUCUGGAGAGAGACACGCAAAGCCUCGUAGCGAUGGAUCUCGCUAAAAGUCUGAGGCAAAAACGGCUUUCAAGGAAACAUCGGGUGAAUGAACCGACCUACGAAUUCACCUUUGACGGAAGUAUGCAUUUGAAAACGGACCAAUCUCCCCAUCUCAUCACUGCAGCAAGCCAAGCAGUUCAACGUCAGCGAAUAACUUCUCCGGAUAGAAGUCGGUUGCAGAAAGACCGAGUCCGUCGCUCCAGUUCCCACGCCCGCCGAAAGCUGAAAACCAGACAGCCAUCUUUCCAUCGCUCACAUCAGUCACCAAGUCCACCACUUUCAAGAUCUAGUACCGCGAAAGACCCGGGUUGUCCACGAAGCCCGAAGAAGGCCAGAACCGGCCACGUGGUCAACACUCAGCAUAAUCACUUGCUUGUGGUGGAAGCCGCCCUGCGCUCGAUUGGAAGGUUGUGGUUGGAGGCGAAGCCGUCCUCGGACAUUGAUAGUGCCAUAAAUGAUGGGUCGGCACAUCUGACCUUGCUCAUUUCCCAAGAUCCAAAGCCAUUUCGAAUGGACAGCUUGGAGAGAUCAGGAAGAUCACUUCCGCCAGAGGACUUGACGCAAGAGGCCUUUACGGAGUCCGUUGAAGAUGCCCUCUCAGAGGCAUUCCGUCGGCUCCAGCUAGACGAUGAGGCUGUUCGAGUGGCUCCUGAGCUUUUGAAAGCCCUGCGUAAUCAAAUCUCCGAAACUCGGGGUGAAACAAUGAAGUUAACUCCGGCUAUGGAUGUAGCAAUAAUCCAGGAUACGCUGUCAUCUAUGGAUUUCGCUCUAUCGCUCCUUCAUAACUUCCCCCAGUGGAGUAUCUUCACAGAUUCUCAGAGUCUGGCUUACACAAAGUCGCUCUGCGUGUCCGUAGAGUCAUCACUUGUUGACGAGUACCUGAACUCGUUGAUGAGACUGUUCACCGAGUCCCAGAAGGUCCUGGAAUUGAAACCCGACGACCCGAAUCUCGCCAGAAAUCUCCUUGCCUUUCUUUUCGAACGAGCCCGGCAACUGAAGAGCCUUGAUCUAAGUUCUUCAAACAGUCUAAGUUGGGAAGGGCUUCAGGAGCCGCUGGACGACCUUCUCUUACAGCUCGAGUCUUUCCCAGGGACCCAGGCGCACGCCCUCUCUCGUUCAUCAUCGAUCCCAAACAUCGAAGACCAUGUCACUCAGAUGCCAAUGGACGAAAACGACCAGACAACUGAUCAAAUGUCCGAUGAAAUGUCUACCAACAUGAUAACAGUCCAGAUGUACGAUGACGAUGAGAAGACAGAAAGACAAUCCUCUCCUGUCGUCCGUUUCAGCGAUGCCGUAACCCAAAUCUUGAGUAAUGAAAAGAAACAUAAAAGAGAGGAGAUCUCUGACGACGACGUUGUCUAUAUGGAUAAUGUUAGAGACCCGCUGACUGCGUUCUUUGAGUCGUAUGAACCCCAGAUAUCACGAUAUCCUCGAUUUUAUUUACUAUGCAUCGUCUCAGAUACUAAGCCUGAAGCGUCAGCGGCGUCCUCCAACGUGAUGGGCCUCUUGAGAAAACUACAAGCCCUGAAGGAAAUUGAAGUCGGCCAGUUGCUUCAGGGGAGCUUGAACACGGGACUUUUUUUGCAAUCUUGAAAAGAAGAGUCCGCGCUCAAGAGAUAAGACUCUUGUUAACACUGGAGUUUUCUUUUUAGAUAUUGUAAAAGAGUAUUGGUUAUUACUCAUACUAAUAAAUCAUAUAAUUGAUGAGAAUUCUCUUAGAUUUUAAUCUCAUUUCCGUUUUAAGCUUUCUUUACAUAUAACUUUAUAUACAAUUAAUAAAAGUAAUUAAACUGUAUAUAAAAUAAAGAAGUC